AUGAUGGAACGAUCUCAAAUCUUGACGGAGAGGCAGCAAUCAGAGUUGAAUAAAGCAAUAAUCCAGUAUUUACAACCAAUAUGUUCACAAGAGAACAACGAGGUCCUUGAUAAACUAACCUCUAUGUUAAAAAUAGAAUCGACAGAGCUCGAUGGCAGUGAUAUUGUGGAUAACUAUUUGGAAAAGAAAUGGUCGACAGUGUUGCGACUACAAAAGAAGAUCAUUGAUCUAGAGAACGAAAUCCAUAAUUUAACUAAUAUUAUUAAUACCACAAAUUCUGAAACAAAUGGUGUGGUUCUAAGUAAAGACAAAAUAAAUUGGAUACCCAAAGGUGCAUCAAAACAGACAUAUCAAUGUGAAAAUGUGGUAGCAACGGUCAGAUUGCAUCCAAAUUUGCCAUUGGUAUUUAAUGGCUGCAAUGAUGGUAAUCUUUAUAUCUGGAAUUUAACUAAUGAUGACAACACGAUCCCUGAGAAAAGGAUAAAAGCACAUACUAGAUCCAUAAACAAAAUGUGUUUUUCUUAUAGAAAGCCUUACUACUUGGCGACAUGUUCGUCGGACUUGACAAUCAAGAUUUGGGAUGAGAAAUUCAACCACAUCCGAACAUUGAACGGCCACGAACAUACUGUAUCAUCAGUGAAAUUCUCGCCUUCUGAUAGCAAUAUCUUGUACUCUGUAUCGAGGGAUAAAAACAUAAGAGUCUGGGAUAUAUCACAGGGAGUUUGUUUGAAAAGUUUUGUGGGGCAUAGUGAAUGGUGUCGAGAUUUGGAUGCUGUAGCACUGGAAACCCAGGGUGAUUUUGUAUUAACAUGUUCCAAUGAUCAGCUGGCCAGAUUGUCACAUAUUAAUAGUGGGGUUGGUGUGGCCAUGUUUGUUGGACAUACUCAUGUUGUGGAAUCUGUGAAAUUUUUACCAAAGAUCCAAGCCAAUGAAUUAAUUGACGAAUAUAUAACAAAAAAUAUUGAUCAAUUCCCAUCCAUACCUUCUGAAUUAUUGAAAGAUCCAAUUUAUGACGAAUUAGGAUUCAAGUAUUGUGUUAGUGCCAGUAGAGAUAACACAAUUAAAUUAUGGCUAAUUCCACCACCGACCCUCAUACCUCAUAGAUCUCCAUUGCCUUCAAAAUAUAACAAUUCCCAAGGCUGGUUAAUUGCAGAAUUUAAAGGGCAUCUGUCUUGGGUUAAAUGCCUACUGGUACAUCCAAAUGGUAAAUUUAUUAUCAGUGGAAGUGAUGACAAAACAAUAAAAUUUUGGGAUCUAUCUGGCUUAAUCGAGACUGGAUCGGUUACUGCUAUUAAAACCAUCUCAGGUCACGAAGGAUUCAUAAAUGAUAUUGAUUUCGCUCGUUUAACUGACCUGGAAUCAAAUACAGAUAAGGAACUAACAUCCGAAGAGUAUUUGAAGGAUGUUGAGAAGAGAAUGAGGUGUCUCUUUAUAAGUGGAAGCGCUGAUAAUUCUAUCAAGUUAUGGAGCUAG